ACAUGGAUCCAAAUCCCCGGGCGGCCCUGGAGCGCCAGCAGCUGCGGCUCAGGGAGCGGCAGAAAUUCUUCGAGGACAUUUUACAGCCAGAGACAGAGUUUGUUUUCCCCCUUUCACAUCUGCAUCUGGAGUCACAAAGACCCCCCAUAGGUAGCAUCUCGUCCAUGGAGGUGAAUGUGGACACACUGGAGCAGGUCGAAUUCAUUGACCUUGCGGAUCAGGAUGGAGCAGAUGUGUUCUUGCCUUGUGAGGAUUCUCCGCCAACUCCCCACGUGUCUGGAGUGGACAACCAUCCAGAGGAGCUGAGCCUGCCGGUACCCACGCCAGACAGGACCACAUCCCGGACCUCCUCCUUGUCUUCUGACUCCUCCAACCUGCGAAGUCCAAAUCCAAGCGAUGGGGGAGCAGACACGCCCUUGGCACAGUCUGAUGAGGAGGAUGGGGAUGAUGGAGGGGCGGAGCCCGGACCCUGCAGCUAGCACUAGGCCCCUUAUAGACUGACCAAUCUCUUACUCUCCGUGGAAGGAGAUCCUACGCCCAGCAGGGCACUCCCGAGAAGACCUGACACUUCACUCACAUCAGCACCCAAGGGAGGAAAGGAUGGUGGCUGGUGUCCCUGAGAGCUAGCUUCCCCUGCUUUACUGCUAACUUUCUCCUGCUGCAACCCUCCCUCCAGUGAUUUUCUUCUGAGGUAGGACUUGCUAGUGAGAAGCUGGAAGGUGAGGUAGGAUAAGAUGCCACUGCUUUUCUAGUACCCCUCCUGCCCCCAAGUGAUCUGUAGUCUUCCACUAGGGUCUCCUAAGCCAGUGUCUCUGAGCGGGAGUUUUGAGGAGUUCCAAUUGGCACUCUGUGAGGUUGUCCUCCAGCGAUCCUGCCUUUUUGAGUCCUUUUUUUGGAACAGGAUAUGGUAUAAAUAAUAAAUAACAGUAUGCCACUCAUUUCACCUCAUUCUUCACACAAAGAUACCAAACCCACUGUCCUUAACUAACCAGUGCCACGUCUCCAUCACUCACUUACUCCGCUUAGUCAAGAAAUA